AUGGUCGAGCUCGGCGUUCCCACCCCCCUUCCCCCCGGCUCCAUCGCCGAUUCCCGGGGGACCCUGCGCUGGACGGUGGUGCAGCAGAUCGAGCCCGGCUGCCCCUCCUCCACCAGCACCAAAUCCGCCUCUUCCACCCCCUCCUCCUCCUCCUCCUCCUCUUCCUCCUCUUCCUUCUCCGACUUCAGGAGCAUCCUCGUCCUGCGGAAGAGCUUCGAGUGCCGCGAGUGCGGCAAGAGCUUCAGCUGCGGCUCCCACUACCGCAAGCACCGCCGGACGCACACCGGCGAGCGGCCCUUCCGCUGCGGCCACUGCGGCAAGGCCUUCAACGUCAGCUCCAACCUCUACCGCCACCAGCGCGCCCACGCCGCCGCCGCCGCCGCCGCCAACCCAACCGCCGCGGCGACGCCGACUCCCUACAAAUGCCAGGAGCGCGGGAAGAGCUUCGCCGCCGGCUCCAACCUCUCGCGGCACCGGCGCGCCCACGCCGCCGACUCGGCAGUGAUGCCAACACCGGAGCCCACCCCGAGGGCCCCCGGCCUCGCCUACGAGUGCCGGGAGUGCGGGAAGAGCUUCCGGCGCAACAAGGAGCUGGCGACCCACCAGCGGCUCCACACGGGCCGGCCGCCCUUCCAGUGCGGCCACUGCGGCAAGGGCUUCUCGUGGAGCUCCCACUGCGUGGAAGCCGAGGGGGAGCAGGGCCAGCCCGAGCCCACCCAGGUGGCCCCCCCGGGGGUCUCCGGCGAAGGGGGGGUGAACCCCGACCUCCGGAGGCAGUUGGGGCUCAUCCUCCAAACCGCCGGAAGGACCCAGGUGGAGAAGAUGCUCCGGGAGCUCGUCCGGGAGCAGGGGCAGGGCGGGAAGCGCCGGAACCGCAAGAAGACGCCCAGAGACGGAGGCGCCGGUGCCAGCAGCGGCACCGAGGACGAUCCGGCGCCGCGGGACGCCGAGGAGCCGCCGCCGGAAGGCGCCGCUCCCAACCAAGAGGAGGGACCCGCCGCCGACUCCCCCGGCGCCGGCAAAGCCCCGGGAGGCCGGAACGCGCCCAAGGGCGGCUGCGCCAAGUGCGGGAGCCCGGCCAAGCCCCGGCGCUGCUCCGAGUGCCGCCGGCGCUGCCGGCAGCCCGAGAAGCCGCACCGGUGCGGGGACUGCGGGAAGGGCUUCAGCCGAGGGUCCAACCUGGCCCAGCACCGGCGCAUCCACACCGGGGAGCGCCCGCACCGCUGCGGCGACUGCGGCAAGGGCUUCAUCCAGCGCUCCGACCUGGAGCGGCACCGGCGCGUCCACACCGGCGAGCGGCCCUACCCCUGCGGGGACUGCGGCAAGCGCUUCAGCGUCAGCUCCCACCUGGACCGGCACCGCCGGACUCACGCCGGGGGGCCCGGCCCGCCCUCCUCCCAGCCGCGCCCGCGGCCGCGCCCGGGGCCGCCGGAAGCACCGGCGGCGGCUCCUCAUCGCUGCGGGGAGUGCGGGAAGAGCUUCGCCCAGCGCUCGGCGCUGGCCAAGCACCGCAAGACGCACAGCGGGGAGAGGCCCCACCGGUGUGGCGACUGCGGCAAGAGCUUCAGCCGCGGCUCCAACCUCACCCAGCACCGGCGCAUCCACACCGGCGAGCGGCCCUUCGCCUGCGGCGACUGCGGCAAGGGCUUCAUCCAGCGCUCCGACCUGGAGCGGCACCAGCGCGUCCACACCGGCGAGCGGCCCUACACGUGCGGCGAGUGCGGCAAGAGCUUCAGCGUCAGCUCCCACCUGGACCGGCACCGGAAGGUCCACGCGGCGCAGCGGGCGUCCUACCGCUGCCCCGAGCACCUCGCCGGCUUCCUGGCCGCCCACCGGCACGGCCGCCUCUUCCAGUGCGCCCAGUGCGGGCGCUGCUUCGGCCAAGGCGCCGCCCUGCUCAAGCACCAGCGCGCCCACGGCGCCGCCACGGCGGCGGCGCAGCCCCCGAAGUGCCUGGACUGCGGGAAGAGCCGGGGCUGCCGGGGGCAGCAGUGCCUGGACUGCGGGAGGGAGGCGGCGGGUCCCGGCGCGGCGCCAGCGGAGGCGCCGGAGAAGCCCUACAAGUGCGGGGAGUGCGGGAAGGGCUUCGGGCAGCGCUCGGCGCUGGUGAAGCACCGGCGCAUCCACACGGGCGAGAAGCCCUACCAGUGCGGGGAGUGCGGCAAGGGCUUCAUCCAGAAGUCCGACCUCACCAUCCACCGGCGGAUGCACACCGGGGAGAAGCCCUACAGG